GGACUGUUUGAAAACUGUUUGGGAAGUGUACCAAUUAUUUUUUGGAAGUGCGCCAGCAUAGACCUACGAAAGGUCGUGCGAUCGUGGUACUGAUGUGAGCUGUGUGCCCAUGCCCCCCCCCCCCCAUGGUGUCAGUGAGAAGACACAACACCCAUUUCAUGUAGGCCGGUACCUUAGAAGGAAGUGCUCUGUAGAUAUAAGGAAUCAAAUCUGGAUAUCACAAUGGCUUUCGCAUGCUGUAGGCUGCCCAUGCUGCCAGCGGGUAGAGUAAUGCGGCCGGCCUCCAUUCUCCCUGUGACCAACUGCCGAUCAUACUCUGCCCUGUCUAAUGCCAGACUGCCACAGGCAGUUGGCAACACUUGCCGCCGUACCUCGGCGUGCCCGACAUCCUCAUCGCCACAAACUGGGCCUGUGUCGCUGGUGCAAUCCAGGUUUGCCAGCAGCUCAUCUUUAUUGGAUUGGUUUGUAGACUGGCGCAAGGAAAGAGAGGAGCAGCAAGCCGAGAAAGCAAAGUUCAGGAAAUUUGCGAUGAAGGACUUGAUCGCCUCAGGUCCUGGAGAUUUGGCCCAGCUGAGAGCAACCAAGGGCAAACCCCUGGAAGCACCUAACGAAGCCACGCCGUUGGAAAACUCUCCAAUGUUUCCGUUGUCCCGCGGUCAUGACUGCUUUAACAACCGUGUUCGCAUGCACGAGCUUCUGAAGGGCCAAGUGUGCGUGAUCAUAGUGACGUUCAGGAAUUUUGCGUGGAGAUUUGUUCCGUAUUACAUGGAUCACCUGGAGCAGAAAUGUGGUGACAAUAUGAAGAAGAUCAAGAUCAUCAAUCUGUAUGGCUUUGAGAAGCCCGUCUACCAUAUCGUCAAGCCAAUGAUGAAGUUCUUUAUGCGCAGGAGAACGCCACCGGAGAAGAAAGAAACGACCGUGUUUCUGACUAGGCGCUCCACCCUUCACUUCCGAUUUAUAACUGGCGUUUCCAACUGUAUUCCCGCCUGGGUUUUAGUGAUCGACCACAUGGGACGGCUACGCUGGAAGGCAGUGGGCAAGCCAUUGGAACGCGAGCUGCAUGCCCUGACGAAUAUUAUUGACACUCUGGUGAAGGAAGCAGAAGAAGCUAAGCCCAGUAUGAAAAAGACAAACGCUACAAAGCGCUCUUGGGCUUCACUUGACAAAGAGUUAUAGCCUAACUGCUGUGUAGUCGUCUGCACGUUCAACGCAUUUUUUCUGGUGCUGAAAGAGUUCCAUGGUGGGCUUGCUUCCGACAUGUGUCGCAACUCAUCUCUCAUUCCCAUACCAUGGAGCAUGACUGAUUGUGGUAGCUAUGUCGCAGCUUGCUCAUGUAGCAGAAAGGCCAUCAUUGCCCGAACACUUCCAACGCUCUCGGGUAGAUUGCAAUGAUCCGCUGCCAAGACGUCAGAGGCAGUGGCAACGGGGCAAACCUACACGUACUGGGACGCUCUGAUCUGCAUACCAGUGCUCUCCCAUAUGCUUUAGCUUCUAACGCUGAACCAUCAUCAACCUCAUAUCAAAAGUACCCGUCAGUAUGACACGCUCUACUCCGAAGUACAUGAUUGUACAUGUAGUCUCAAUACGUUCUCUACUGCAAUCAGCCAAUGUAGUCUAGCCAACUACACAUGCAGCAGCGUGCCUUCAAGCGUCUGGAAAGGAGACCACACACACACGCACAUCAAUACAGUACAAUCAUAUUCUGGAUAGUCAAUAUUCACUCAAUUUCACCAUUUCUCCUUUCCUAGCAUUCGUAUUAUAUGUUCUAUUAGAAUCUUUCAUAUUUCAUCAUAAUCAUACUUCAUUAGUUCGAGGGACUUAUGACAAUGAUUAAAAGUGAUUAAAAAUUGAAAAUACUAUAUAAUUUUUUGAAAUGA